CAGCGAUCCAAAACAGCAACCCCUCAGACCUCAUCGUCAUGGACAGCAACUACCUCGACCGCGUCACGGCCCGGCGUGCUUUGAUAGCCGAGCACACUUCCGCAGUCCACGGCGCCAUCCCGUCGGGCCACGCUCCCGUCGCCGAGCUCUACUCCUACCUCCUUGGCACCUAUCUCCCUGCCAGAUACCCUACCAUGUUCGAGCUCAUCACGAGCACAGACACCGCGACCGCCACCACCACCACGGUCUUCCGCAACAAAGUGACCCACGUCGACUCGCCUCUGCACCCGCCCCCCCGGGACCCGCUCGAGAUGCUGCGCCUCCUCGGCGAGACAGUCGAGGACGACAUGUUCCUGCUGCUGCGCGAUGGCGACGAGCACCGUGCCGUGGCCUUCGUCUGCUGCCACCCGUCCGGUUUCGCGCCCGCCGCCAAGCUGGGCAGGCGCCUCGCUGAGAUCCACGCACCGGUGCCAGCGUACGAGAAGAUUGGGCCCAGCAUGGAGCGGUACUUUAGACGGCUAGAGUGGGCGAUCCAGACGCAUUCGCAGCUCUAUGCGCCUAAUGGGAACCAUGUCCUUGAUGAGGAUGUUGUCGAGGAAGAGGCGAGCAUAGAUGUCCAAGAGGCUAGGUUCCGAGUUGAGCAGCAGACUCUGACGCGGCUCCCUGAAACCGGAGCAAUCCUCUUUAGCUUCAAGACGCUUCUAUACCCGCUUGCUGACAUCAAGGCCGAAGGCCUGGGCCCACAGCUUGCCAAUGCCAUUGAGGGACUCAAAGCCGGGAACGCGCCAGGCAUGUGGGUGUACAAGGGCGGUGUCAGAUGGGGUAGGGCCAUGUGUAAGUAUCUAAGAGCAUAACCGCUCUAAGAAAGAAGAGUAUUUUAUAGGCUCUUAGAGAGCUUCCCUAUCUUUGAGUUAAAUUAAGCUAUAGGCUCCACCCCUAGUGGUGCCCUUCUGUCAAUUUCUUUAAGUUUCAGCCUUGCGACUAUACUCCCCUAGGAG